ACCAUCACUCACACAAAAGAAAAGAUCAAACAACAUCAGCAACAACCAUCGCUGAAGUGAGUGAGAGAGAGAGAGAGAAACAGAAAGUGAAAGCAACUCACAAAAUCCAUAAACCUCCAUAAAAACCGAACACCAUACACUGUCUACCUCUUUCACUCUCUCUCUCUUUCUCCUUUUGUCCUUAAAAAAAGAAAAUCCAAAAAGCACAGACAAAAACAUCUCAUCAGUUCUUUUUACCUUUUCUCUCCUAGAACGGUUUCUCUCAUUUAGUAACUGUACAAGGACCGGAGGAACUUGCUUGGUCUCACUCCAGUUUCUGUCCGGUUCCUUGGAAUUCGGGAGUUGGUCCGUACAGAAUGGACCGGUACGGUCGGGCACAAGAAGGCUCACAAUCCGAUCCGGCACUGGAAUGGACGGGUUCAGGACCGGAAACCGGACUUGAAGAGGGUGUUUGGCAAUUGGGAUUAGGGGAAACAGAAUCCGUAUACCCGGAGAGACCUAAUGAGCAAGAUUGUAUGUAUUAUUUGAGAACCGGGUGGUGCGGGUACGGAGCUCGGUGUCGGUAUAAUCAUCCACGUGACCGGAGUGCGGUUUUGGGAGCGCCAAGGGCUGGUGGAGCGGAGUAUCCAGAGCGAGUGGGUCAGCCGCUUUGCCAGUAUUAUAUGCGGACGGGGACAUGUAAAUUUGGUGCUUCCUGUAAGUACCACCAUCCUAAGCAGGGAGGUGGUUCUGCUAGUCCCGUGUCACUGAAUUAUUAUGGAUACCCAUUACGCCCGGGUGAAAGGGAAUGCACAUACUACAUUAAAACAGGGCAGUGCAAGUUUGGGGCGACAUGUAAGUUCCACCAUCCACAGCCAGGUAACAUACAAAUUCCAGCACAAUCACUGGCUCCGCAAAUUGCUCCUGUACCUAGCCCAACUUUAUAUCCUUCGGUGCAAUCUCCCUCUGUCCCUUCAUCUCAACAGUAUGGCGUAAUGGUUGCAAGGCCUCCUCUGCUGCCAGGUUCAUAUGUACAAGGUCCUUAUGGUCCUGUGCUGCUUUCCCCAAGCGUAGUUCCAUAUCCAAGUUGGAAUCCUUACCCGGCACCUGUAAGUCCAGUAGCCUCUCCUAAUACUCAGCCUGCAGUUGGCUCAGGAUCAGUCUACGGGUUGUCAGCCCUAUCUCCUUCUGCACCUGCUUAUACUGGGGCAUUUCAAUCCAUACCUCCUGCAACAGGUCCUUCAAGCAGUACCCAGAAGGAGCACUUGUUCCCAGAAAGACCUGGCCAGCCGGAAUGUCAGUAUUACAUAAAAACUGGUGAUUGUAAAUUCAGAUCCUCAUGUAGAUAUCAUCACCCCCCAGAAUUGGUAGUGUCAAAAACAAAUGUUGUUCUUAGCCCCAUUGGUCUUCCUCUACGCCCAGGUGCUCCAACUUGUUCUCACUAUACACAACGUGGACAGUGCAAGUUUGGGCCUGCAUGCAAAUUCGAUCAUCCAAUGGGAACGUUGAGUUACAGCCCAUCUGCAUCUUCUCUUGCUGAUAUGCCAGUUGCGCCCUACCUGGUGGGCUCUUCAAUUGGCACUCUUGCCCCAUCAUCCUCAUCUUCAGAUUUGCGGUCCAAACCUAUUUCAGGACCCAGCAAGGACUCCAGUUCAACUAGGUUGUCUUCUUCAACAAGCAUACCCAGUGGAUCGGUUGGUUCAAUUUUUUCAAAGAGUGGACCUGCUCCUCAUUUGAAUGUGCAACAGUCAGGCUGGAGUUCUGGUCCUUCAACCAACAGCAGCGGCAGCAGCUCAGGGACCUGCACCUCAAUCUAAGUAAAGAUAUUGAACAACUCCUGUCCAUUCCACUUUUUGGUAAAAUUCAUGAAAAGCGGCAUUUUUUUCUGGCUUCACCAUCAAAUAGGAGGCUUUAGUUUCCCAGCUCUGAUGGUUCCACGAUUCAGGUCUAGCACACAUUAGCUUUGAUAAUUUCCAUGUUCAUAUAAUCUCAUAGCCAUCCUUUUUUAUAUUCAAUAAGCUAUGGCUAUUUCUCAAAAAUCUUAGCAAACCCCAUAUAGCCAUCCAACUUUUCUUUCAAAUAACUAUGAAUCUACAGUUCCCUCCCUAAGGAAAAUCUGCGCCCACAUCUCCCUUUUUUUGGAGUCUGUUAAUUUAUAUUUCAAUCCUUUUUCAAAAAUGAAAAAGAUGAAUCCUACAGCUUCUUCCUUUUACAUCAGCUGUGUCUUCAUGUCUAUCACUUUACGAUUUUCUUUAAAUUUGGGAACAAGCUUCCAAUUUGUCUAGAAAGGAACUCGAAGGUUUCUUGUUCCCCCUCCCCCCCCCCCCUUUUUUUUCUUUUUUUUUUUUUUAUCUGGGGUUUGUUGUGAAAAAAUAGAAGUAAUUACAAAGACUCGAAGGUGGCAUGGAUCUCAGUGCUGCCUUGUGAUUAGGUACAUAGUUAUGCCGUGACAAUUGAAAUGCUUGCAAUUUUUAUUGAUGGAUCUAUUAUGAAAUACAAAUAUAUGAAGGGUCACUCAAGACUGUAAUAAUCAUUUCUCUUUCAUUUA